AUGUGCUCGGGGAUCCUCAUCCACCCCCAGUGGGUGCUCACGGUGGCCCAGUGCUUCUUCAGGUCUGGGGACCCCUCAAUUUACGAAGCCGUGAUCGGGGCCACGGACCUGGCUCAGCCGGGCCGCGAGGCCGAGCUGCGCCGCAUCCUGCGGAUCCUGCUGCACCGGAGCUACGUGGCCACCACGGCCAGGAACAACAUCGCCCUGCUGCAGCUGGACCAGCCCGUGGAGUGCAGCGACUACAUCCAGCUGGGCUGCGUGCCCGACAGCUCCCUGGCAGUGCCCGAGCUCAGAACGUGCUUCAUCGCGGGCUGGAGAGCCAGCCCGGACAGCGCUCCGACCCCGGGCGUGGUGCUGCAGGAGGCCAAGGUGCGGCUCAUCGACGUCCAGCUGUGCAACAGCAGCCGCUGGUACGGGGGGGCCGUGCACCCCCAGGACCUGUGCGCGGGGUACCCGCGGGGCGGCAUCGACCUGGCGCAGGGGGACAUCGGGGGCCCCCUGGUCUGCAAGGACAACGUUGGUGACUACUUCUGGCUGGUGGGACUGGCCAGCUGGGGCCGAGGCUGCUCCGGUGACAAACGGCCCGGGGUGUUCACGUCCACCCAGCACUUCCACACCUGGAUCCAGGUCCAGAUCGGAUUGGUUCCCCCGAUUACGGCGGCCCCACCACCAAAGCCAAAGCCACCGAUCCCCACCUUUGUGGAAGAGCUGCAAGAACUGGAACCUGAACCACACCUGGAAAUAGAAACUGAAGUGGAACUGGAACCGGUGCCCAUCCCAGUCCCCAUACCGGAACCAGAACCGAUACCAGAACCAGAAGAUGAAGAACCAGAACCAGAGCCAGAAUCGGAUACGUUUAUAACGAUUUCAUUCCCAAAAAACAUCCUGCUGAAGUUCUUCAAGAACCUUCAGGAGUUCCUGGAGUUCCUGAGGGACAAAAUGGACUGAGCAGAUCCAGUUCUGGAUUUGGGACAUCACAACCAUUCCCUGUUGGAGCCAUGGCUGUGCCAAAGCCACCCCGGU